AUGGUUUUUAAGAAACCUAAUAUUUCUCCUGACGUUUUUGAGGCUCUUCUCGGUUAUGUUUAUAGUGGAACUAUUGAUCUUGUAAGAACGGAUCCAAGAAUUCUCAUCGAAUUACUUCCAGCGGCUGAUGAAUUAGCUCUUACUGAAUUAUGUGACCAUCUCGAAGAACAUCUUAUAGAUUAUAAUGUCAGAUCUUCGAUAAAACAAAAUUUUGUUCUUUCACAUCGAAUAGCGAAUCAACAUCGUUUUGAAAAAUUCUCUUCUUUAUGUGAAAAAAUUCUCAGUCUAGAUCCCGGCGCAUUGUUUAACGCUAACGAUUUCGCUGACAUAGAACAUGAUGUUUUAUUAUCCAUUUAUCGUGAUUGUCAUUCUCAAUACAGAGAAAUAGAUUUAUGGAAUAAGUUAUUGGAAUGGUCAAUUGUAAACACACCUUCAUUACCUCACGACAUAUCGCAAUGGACGAUCGAUGAUAUAUCAACUUUUGGUGCUUUGGCGAAGCCUUUCAUUGAAUAUAUAAAUCUUAUUUUUAUAAGCCCUGAUGACUUUUUUCAUAAAAUUAGACCUUUUCGCAGAAUUUUUGAUGUAGAAUAUUAUAUACAAAUCUUGGAAUAUCAUAGCUUCGCUCAACUUCGUGAAAAUACGCUUCUUAAUAGACCUGUUCAACCAAAGUUGGAUUCAAAGAUAAUUUCUAUGCAGCAUAUGGCCAUGAUUUCUAAAUGGAUUACUGAAUCUAAAGAU